AUGAAGAAAGCGAUGGAGAUGGAGAUGGAGAAGAGCGAUGAAGAUGAAGAGAGUGAUAGAGAUGGAGAAGAACAGUGCCAAAAAUGCCCUCCUGUCUUCCGUGAAUGGUCAGGAUCAUCCGCCCUCAUGAUUGCUGAAUCUCCAAAUGCCCACAUCUUCAAAAUCAACGUCCCAGGAUUGAGCAGAGAGAACAUAAAGGUGCAAAUAGAAGAUGGGAACGUAAUGCGGAUAACAGGAGAGGCAAGUAAAGAGGAGCAAAAUGGGAAAGACACGGUUUGGCAUGUAGCUGAAAGAGGAACAGGAAAAGGAGAAUUUUCUCGAGAAAUUGAAUUGCCGGAAAAUGUGAAGUUGGAUCAGAUCAAGGCCCAUGUGGAAAAUGGUGUUCUCACUGUUGUCGUUCCAAAAGAUGCAAGCCCAAAGCCCAAUAAAGUUAGGAAUAUAAACAUUACUAGCAAGCUCUAGGAUUUAAGCUCUUGAAAAUGGCCAUGGAUUAAGAAUAACAACAGUUCUUCGUGUAGUAUGUGUUGUAAUGAAAAAUAAAUCUCACUCAAACUAGUGCACGUAUCUAUCUGAGUAUAAUUAUUAAAUUUUAAUAUUAUAAAUAUGUCGUGAAGAUGAGGUUUUGUAAAGCAUUACGUAUUCGAAGA